AUGCCGCCACACGCUUUGCAUUUAAAAGAAGGCCUCCCUAUCAUGCUUUUAAGAAAUGUGAACCCCUCACAAGGAUUAUGUAAUGGCACCCGCCUUAUUAUAACAGACCUUGGUAAAUUUGUUAUCAAGGCUAGAAUACUUACUGGGUCUAAUCGUGGAGAUACUGCAUUAAUACCGAGAAUAACCCUUUCAUCGACGAAAUCAAAAUGGCCAUUUAUUAUGAAAAGACGCCAGUUCCCAGUAAAACCAUGCUAUGCAAUGACCAUUAAUAAAAGUCAAGGCCAAUCAUUAAAAGUCGUUGGUCUGUAUUUGCCUCGCCCUGUGUUCAGCCAUGGCCAGCUAUAUGUCGCGCUUUCAAGGGUUACGACACCUGAAGGUUUAAAGAUUGUCAUCGUCGGAGACGACAACGGUAGCAUGAAAAACCAUACCAGAAACAUCGUUUAUAAAGAGACGUUUAACAAUUUGGCGCCAUCAGAUGAGACACAAUAA